AUGCAGGGAAAGAUCAGCGAAACCACUCCUGUAUUCAGAACCUACGAUCCGUUAUUGGCAAUUCGCAUAAGGAUAGAACGACUUCUUAGAGAGUUACAACACCAUCAAUUAUCGAUCGUCUCGAGGAUCGAAAAUACCCAACGGCGUCUUAUCAGCCACACUACAAAUACCCUCCCCAUCUUGGACUGUUUGUCGAAUGACUAA